CUUUUCCAACUAACAUUGUGAAAAAUCAUGAUUGUGAAUAUUAAUGAUUGCAAUGCAUGCUGGGAAGAGCUUCCACCCUCCUCUGAAUAGUUCCGGUAUAUCAUUCUCCGGAAAUAAGUGUAACCGGAAAUCAUCAAUGACUGCGAUGUGGCCGCGUUGCAGUUCCAAGAACUGGUGGAACUAGUGAUAGAUUUUCCAAGCAAAGAAGGUUGGUUUUGGCUAUUCCUUCACAACCUUUUAACUUUUUUUACGAAGAUAAGCGUGUCAUAAUUCUUCACAAUGUAUGCCUGUCGAAAGAAUCAACGUUUGAGGAAGAUUUUGGCACUUUUUGCACCUCACUAACGAGAGACAAAAGGCAAGUAGAUUCAUUUUAAAAUUUGCGACAUUUUGUAGCAAUUUCGAUAUUAAAGUAAUAAUUGCUCAAAUUUUAUUUAGAUAUUUUGAGAUAUACAAAUUUGGUGUAAAAGGAAUAUCGCUGCUUAUCUACAUAUAUGUUAACAAAUUAUUGCAUCCGGCCAUUUCUCUGUUUACUUGUGAUGUAUUUUGCUUUCAUGUAUUCUGAAAAUUGACAAUGUAAUGUUGUUUCACAACAAUGAUGCGGUCAGUUAAUUCUGAUUUAAAGGCGAGCCAUAGAAAAUCAGAUAUACAGAUCGGAUGGAAAUGUUUAUUACUUAAGUUAAAUACAACUAUGCAUCUCAGUAAUCAAAGUUUAGCGAUGCAUUGGAUAGAGCCUUUUGCUGGAUUGCCGGAUCAGCCCAAAUAUCUUGCCAUACAGAGGAUAUUUUUUAUAUCAAUUAAUUAUAUCAAUUAAGGCAAAGUAAUGAUUUUAAUGAUUUAAACUUACUAAAGUGAGGCCUCUGGUGUUUAUAAAGCUUGACUUGAAAUACAGUAAUAAGAAAGAAAAUUGCAAUCCAACAUCGAUACACUAAUUACAUGGUUGCAAAAGCCUAAUUUUUCACAAAUGCAAAGAAGGAUGGCAAUACCGCCAGCUUUGCUCUGAUCGUUAACAUCAUUUUGAUUUUCGAGUAAUAGUACAGCUAUCCAUACCUUCGCAACACACAGUAUGCAAUAUCAAAUGAUAUUUUAACCUGAAACUAGCCCUCAGGGCUGCAAAUAAAUAUUUGACUUGACAGGACAUUUGUCCGAUCACUUUUAAUUUUUGUCGGACAUAACUUGAAUUUGGUCGGACAUAUAUACGUCACAAGAUAUACUGUAUAUAAGUCACGAAACAAGUAUGUAUAGCCAUUCCGGUGCAACAUUAAGAAUGAUGCUAGAAUUAUUGAAUUAAGAAAUAAUUAUUGCAAAAUGCAUAUUGAGUGAAUUUGCAAUCAGAUUUUGUCACAGCAAAAAAUUUACAUAAUGUGACAAUAUAUUUUUUUUUUGAUUGGACCAAUGACCGAUCAAAAUUACUUUUGCUCGGACAUUUGCCAAAUUUAGUCGGACAUUGUCCGAUGUCCGACAGUAAUUUGUAGCCAUGAGCCCUGGACCUUAUAUAAACAAUAUAUAGUAUCCAGCUGGAUGUUAGUAUCCAGCUGGAUGUUAGGGACCAGUCAUUAUUUAUGGAAAAUUUUUUCUUUCCUAAAUUUUUAAAAUUGACAGACCCCCCGUUAAAUGAGCAGAAAUUUAAUGAUGACCCCCCCCAUAUAAAGUCGAAACGUUAUGUGUUGAGUUGAUUAAUUUAUAUACCUUUAUGGCUUUUCGCCUAGUGAUUAAUCUAUAUAUAUAUAUAUACAGUGCUCAAUACCAUAUAGAUAGAGCGUAAUAUAGUUUUUCGUUUUACCUCAAAAAAACCACAACAGUCUGUUUCAUCCGUAUAGGAAUCAUCAGGACCACCUGACGAUUCCUAUACGGAUGAAACAGACUGUUGUGGUUUUUUUGAGGUAAAACGAAAAACUAUAUUACGCUCUAUCUAUAUGGUAUUUUCGUAUGGCAAACUACAGUAGGCAAGCUGGUAUCCACAAUGGAUUCCCAUAGAAAAAUCCCAUCUCAAACCCUGAAUUACAGCAUUAACUGUAACUGCGAUCUCUAAUUUUUGCUGCCACAUCUAAUUCACAACAGUUAUCUAAAUUAAAACAACAAGUCAGGGAGGAUUCAUUGUAUACAGUAUGUAGUAGUGAUAUUGACCCAAAUUGAGUUGUACUGCGCACUGCUUUUCCCUCCACUUUAUUAUAAUUCUACUCUGCAUAUCACCAGACUAUUUUAUUCAACAGGGGGAGAGUGUGACACUCAAUGGGUUCAUAUUCAUGCAUAUAGCUAAUCUUGUAAUCGUCCCCGGUUUUGGCUACUAGUCACACUAGUUUAGCCUGUGGUACCAGUAUGGCGUAACAGAGAAUGAGGGGUUCCUUAGACAUAUUUGGUGUGGGGGCCCCUGUUGACUAUUGUCAUUGUUUGACUGAGACAUUUUACUUUAUUUAAUAUUUAUAUACUGUAAUGUUGUGAAAAUUCGUGUCUACAACAACAACAAUAACAGUCUCCAACACAUGUUACAACUAGUAAGAAUAUUUUUUGUUUUACUUGAGGCUUUAUUAUUUGGCAUUAUUAAUUUUGCAUUUUCCCAUUGUUUUUGAACUUACCCUAUCCAAUGAGCGUUACGCCACUGGGUGGAACCAAUUUAAUUGUCACAAUUCCUCCUGAUAAACCCUAGAUCCGACCGUGGGAGAUCUAUCCUCGCGAAAGCCACAAAUUUGUUCCCAGCCCUGUGUCUCUUAAUUUGUUUUCAAACAGAUACUGAAUCAGGGGCGUAGGAAGCUUAGAAAAGUUGGGGGGCCAGGGUUUGAGGGUCACUUUAAAAAAAAAAAGGACAUCUCAAAAUAUUUUUUGGCGACCUCCCAACCUCCGCCAAAAAAAUUUCGGUCAGUGUACCAUUUUAGGGGUAAAAAAAUUUUCCGGACGUACCAUAAGUUUCCUUAAAUACAAAAAAAAUUUCCCGGAAAAACAAAUAUACGAUAUUUUUCUCGGAAACUAAAACAUUUUCGGGAAAAAACCUAGAUUAAAGUUUUCAAAAGUUUCGUUUGGACAAAAACUGCGAAUUUUAUGAAAAUGUUUCAGGCACAAAAAGGGCACUUUCCUACGCCCCUGUACUGAAUCGUUUCUCAGACGACUUCGUCUGAAAGCUCAUUUUCACAAUCAAUCUUCCGUUCCUCACAAGGACGUUCUUGAAAGUAUAAAUCCUAAAAAAUCAUCGCGAUCUUCAGAAGACCAAUAUGUAUCCCUUGAACUAUUCAUUCGACAAUGUCGGCACUCAACAAUUUUUUCUUUGAUGCUAAGCAUUAUCAACAGAUAAGUGAUGUACAGUAGCCAUGGGAACCAAAAUGGGUCCCAACUAUUCUAAUUUGUUUGUUAGUUUUUGUGGAAAAACAGAUCUUCGAACAAUACACUGAUCCCAUCCCUGAUUAGUUUCGUAGGUACAUUUUGAGUGUCUUUAUGAUGUUCAAAAAAAUAUUGUUCAUCUACUUCCGCUUGAAGUCCUAGAUGUUUGAAGUCGUAGAUCUUACUGUCGUUCCAAUUGAAGUGUUGCUCAAAUAUUGAUUCAAUACAUUACCUCGGGCUGAUCAAUUCAUUUCAUCAAGUUCCUCGAGAUAUUCAUACACUUCCUAGUAUAAUUGUAAACUUCCUGUUGAAUAGUUUGAAUGCACCAAUCACCUUUGUUGUUUGUGCAACUAACCAAUCAUAAAUUGAAAGGAAGUGACCAGAAAUGAUCAAAUACUUGGAAUUGGCUCUUUAACUGGAAGUGUAUGAAUAUCUCGGGGAAUUUGAUGAAACGAAUUGGUCAGCCCGAGGUAAUGUAUUGAAUCAAUAUUUGAGCAACACUUCAAUUGGAACGACAGUAAGGUUUCUAUUUAUUUAGGAGGACGUCCUAGUCCCAGUCCUCUGCUUAGCCCUGACACACUAGCUGACCCCAAACGUUGUUAUAGUUCUUAAGCUACGUAUAUCUAAUGGUCUCUUAUCAACAGAUAAGUGAACCCCAUGUUUAGGCUUCGGCCAUUCACUGUCUUCUGUUGCAUUGUAAUUAUAGUACUUGUCUUUCAGAGUUGAGUCCAUAUUAGUGAGCUUAAGCAAGUGACGUUUUUGACAACACGAACGGCAUGAGUAACGUCAGAAGACUGGGUCAAGGGCUGUAAUUGGUGAAAAACGUCAACUUUACUUCCGGUCGACGUCCGUGUUGUCAAAAAAGUCACUUGCUUAAGCUCACUAUUGAGUGAUGUGACAUGCCUCUAUUGUUUUCAGAUGUUGGAUAAUUGCAGACUGAUGCUGUAAGAUGUCUUUUUCCAAUUCUCUUCUACCUUGUACUCGUUGCUGCGGUCAAUAUGAAUGCGUGUGUUGCGCAAAACGUACGUUUCCAAAUUCGUAUGCGCUCAUUAAACAUUUAAGAAAAAGUUUUGCGCAUAAAGAAAAGAAUGAAUCUUUUUGGUGCGCCUUAUGCGAGGAGUCGUUCCAGAGCAAAGUUGGUUAUAUCCUUCAUCUCAAACAAAAGCGGAUUCACAAAUAUGAUCUUCAUCAGGCUGCAUGUUGUGGGAGAUUUCAAGAUGUUGGCCAUUUAAUUCACACUGAAGACGCAGAUGUUACAGGAGCUUCUCAUAAGGUUAAACCUGCUAAUUCACCUCGCCAGCUGGGUAUGACUCCAAUGCACUGCGCAGCAUUCAUGGGAUAUUCAAGGUAAAUUAAUAAUAAAAAUUUAUAUAUAAAUGUUGAAUAAAAAAUUGCCGCGUGCUCUUUAUUUUAUAUAUUAUGCAUGUAAAAUGUUAUACCUGUUAUUGGGGAAUGCUACGUUAGGAAAUGAUUGGCAAAACUGCAGCCCUUAACGUCUAUAUAAUAGGCGGAGGACCUUCACUUCGAACGCCAUAAGUCUAGCUUGCACUUUUGUUCAUUCCAUAUUGCCAGUUGGUCAAUUGGUGAAUAGAUAAAAUAUUUAGUUUUAGUAAGGUUUCAGUCAGUGUUGUAACGAGUCACCUACAGGUCGAGUCACGAGUCGAGUCACGGGUCGAGUCAUUUCAGUUUCUGAUCGAGUCGAGUCGAGUCAGUGGCUUCACUCGAGUCGAAUCGGGUCAGCAGUUUCACUCGAGUCAAGUCGAGUCAUUGGUUUAAGUCGAGUCGAGUCAAUAGCUAGACUUAACUCUGGUCGGGGAAUUUGAUCAAGUUCACCCACAUCCUUGUCCCCAGGGCCCCACGGCCGCGCGCGUCUUCCCUAGGCCCUGGAACACACUGAACCGGAAGUGCAAGGAAACUUGCAGUAGUUUCUAAAGCGCAUGGUCUUGAAUUGGGACACUUUAGCACCCGUAACAAUUUUCAAAGUGAAGUAUCACGAAGAAACGAAGUAUUUGCAUUGACAUAUGUUGAUAGAAUAAUUUUUCAUAGCUAAAACUGCUCAACUUCUGCGAAAUAGGAUUUCUCUGAGAAGCCAAUCAGAUCUCUCGCUUUAGUCGCCUAAUCCACAGCCUACUUUUCAACGAGUGACCGAGUGAAAAUGGCUCUGGGGACGAGAAUGGUCCACCUCACGCUUUUUGUAAUGGUUUGCUACCUUAGCUUGCAGUUUGAAAUUAGCAAUCAAAUCUACGUUUUAAGCUAAUCACUUUAGUCAUGUAAUAACAGUAUCUGGGCAGCCAUAGGCUGUACCAAUAUCACAGUUCUAGUCAAUAUUAAGUACAACCACAUGAGAUGUCUCAGUCGUGCCUGCUGAUCGAGUGUACGUAUAUACAACUAGCAUAACUUGCAACUGGAGUCAGAAUUAACAAAGAAUAGACUUUAAUUAACCAUGCUUUGUAAGUUAAUUUGAAAUUAUAUAGCAUUUCAUAAAUACCAAAAAUGAAGAUAGCCGGUCAGAAUUAGCAUAAGUACAAAAAAUUUUGAGACUCCAUUUUAAAAGCUGUGGCAAUAGCGUUGUUUCUAAAAGCAGAAAUGUAAUAUAGGCAUGUCCGUCAGGAAUAUACUGUAUUCUAUGCAAAUCCCAUAUAUUUUCUGAUAAAGUUUCGAAGUUCUCAUUGUUCACAGGGCUCAUUGACAUUGUUUUUCCCAAGCAACACAAUCACAAUAAUUUUGAUGAAUUUAUUCUCUAGAAGUUGUAACUGAGUUGACUCGAGUGCAAAAUCAGCAAGUCGAGUCCGAGUCUAGUCAUUUGGGGCUGUUGACCCGAAUCGAGUCAUUUUUUUGUUUUGGACUCGAGUCGAGUCGCUGAAAAUGGCAACUCGAGUCCGAGUCAAUGACUCAACUCGUUACAACACUGGUUUCAGUUGUCUUGCAAGAAUGAGCAAUUUCGCAUUAACGCAUACUAGUCCAUUGCAAUUAUUUUGCACAGCAAUGGCAGCUACAAACUAAAUUCUGAUCUAGGCAAGAAAAAAAAAAUGCAUCACCACAGCUAGAAAGAGCAUAAGAAUGAGUAAAAUUGCAGGCCUGGGAAAUUUAUUAAUUUGUAUUACGCGUGGGAAUAUCGACCACAAUUUGGGCCGAAAGCGGUGAAUUUUCCCGUGUGUAAUACAAAUUUAUACAAAAUUUGCAAAUUUUGUAGGGCUAUUUUUUCCUCAUUUUACAAAUUUCGCAACUAAACUUUGCAGUUUUAUGCUUUAGUUUUAAAUACUUUAUUGGAUAGUGACUAGACGGUAUAAACGGUAUAGGAGUGCGAACGGAAUGUAGAAUAAAAUAUACAUAACUGCAGUCAUGAAUAAACAUAUGCCAUCAACUUGAAAAUCAAAGCCAAGAUUUAUGAUGCUUGAAAAUUUAGUGAUAGCAAUGAUACCUUGAAAUGAUGUAAGGAACAAUUGAAUAUAAAAUUUAAAAAAUAAUCAAGCAAUAGCACAUAACAUCUCACACGUUAAACUCUAUGACAGCAGUCCUUGAAACUCCCGAAAUUUCAGGUCGGCAAGAAAUUGCCGACCUAUAAAAGCGAUAAUUCUCAAUCUGGGUCGGCAAAUAUUUUCAAAACAAAUAGACAAUAUCCAAAUGAAAAUUUAAUUUGCUUGCUGCAAAUACGUGUAUUUAUAAACAGCAAUCAAUUGCAAUCAAUGCCAAUAGCAAACAAGACAACUAACAAAAUGUAUGAACUGCGAUCGAACAGUGCAUGAUGUGACCAAAUGGUGUGACAGACCGUACACUACUUUAUUACCCAGCCUAGACCUAGGCCUUCUAUUUUUACUUUUUAAUAUUCAGCGCUUUUUCACAUGAAAAGACUGGGACUAGGUAAUUUGGGUGCGGGGCGGAGGAAGGACACAACCCUGACGCAAGCGAAAAAAAUACAAGGCAUAGUGGAUUUCCCAACAACAAGGCCAAAACUGCCCUCAAACUGCCCUGAUUAGCAGGUGGGAAAUUUGUCUGAGCAUGCGCGAGCAAAGUGAGCAACACAACUGCGUGGAAUACACGCAACGCGUGUUUACAAAAAGGCACAAUCGUGUAAAUAUUGCCAAAUGUUUGUACAAAAUAAAUGACUGUUUUAUGUUGAAAAUGGACAUGAUCUAAAUCAAUCAUACAGAAUUUUUUAGUGACGUUCUAUUUCAGUACCCUGCCAUUGUCUCUGGCGGGUUGUCCGUGUGCAUUCGAUCUGAAACAGUCGCUACUAUUCUGUCGAAAAAUUUCGAAUGUUUACAUGAAAAUAGAGGCAAGUCAUGCAUUUUACAACCUCGUAAACUGUAUGAGCCCCUAUUUUUACGCUUAUACCUAAGAUAUCAAAUAAAAAUACAUGAAACAGAGAACAUUUUCAGAAAGUUUUAUCGUGAGGCCACGGCCAGUUUUUAAAAUAUCUUUAUUUCUGUUCCGGUCAUCACCAAAAUUACACUAAAGCCGGGCUUGAAUAUACAACAAAUUUUGAAUCUCAUCAAGUACAAAAAUAUUUAACGUGUAACCAAAAUAUGCUCACGAAAUCGAAAUUAAUAGCUAAAUUUUCAAACUAGACCCUUCUCGAGCCGGUUUUCAUGAAGGAAGUUCAAAUUUCGGCCUUUGAUUCCUGGCAAAAAUUUGACAACAACACGUGCGAAGCAACUGGGUCUCAAAGACUCAGCUAAAACAUUGUGAGCCCCUAUUUUCCUGACGAUAUGUUUGAUACCUACAAACACCUAAAAGUUUUUUCUUUUUAUUUACCUAUAUUUGAAAUUGAGGCCACGGGCUAUUUUUGAGAAAAUACAGUUCAAAGUCAAGCUAUUUUUACAUAUUUUCAAAAUUUGUCAAAUUUCGCGAGCUUGUAUUUUGAACUUAGACAGCUGAAGUUACAUUAAGAAACAUAGGAUGGAAUAUUUGAGGCAUAUAAAGUUAAUUUCAACUUACAUUUCAUUCUCAUAUCACGUCUUUCUUCGUUUAUUACGGUUUUAAACAAGCCACAGAUCGACGUAUACGGUAUUUACUCCCAUGUUCACGUCGCCAUAUUAACUUCUUCCAAUCCCUCGAUUACAAAACAAAUCAUCCCAAACCAAAGAACUCAUAGUCGACUUUUAAAAGAAUCACCGUUAAUUUCUAAAUCGUUGAAUGGAAAGCAAAAAAUCGUCAGCUAAAACAGCUUCUUGCUAACUUUCUGCUUUGUUUUGAAUGUAAAUGCAAUGAGCUUUGUUUCUGCCCGCAAUUUUUUGGUCAGCGACGACAAAUUUCCCACCUGUUGCCCUGAUUGCGAAAUGCCCAAUUGUUGCGUUCUCAAACAGAUUUAUUCGCAACUUAACAGCGAAUUUAAACCGAUACAGGUAAAAUAAACUCAUUUAUAGUAUAAACUUACUAUUUUUAUUUGUAUACACGUCUAGAAAAUCGGGUUUUUAUCAUAAAGUUUGAAGCAACACUAUUUAUACAUGUUGACAAGGUGUAGCGAAACGGCACAAAAUAAUAAUUCUUUUAUUCGCAAGACAAUCUACUGUUUUGCUUUGAAUAACUAUAUUUGCGAAUUGGGAAUGAGGAUUUUGAAAUUAUUGUUCAAAUAUUACAGAUAUAUCAUUUGUAUAAACAAUGUACGUUUUUAUAUACAGUACUGUACGGGCUAAUAAUAUAUGUAUCCGUUUUAUUUUGUAUAUUUUACAAACACAAGACUGCUUCUUGCCAAAAUUGAGAAAAUAUAUAUUAAUGUACUUGUGUAUAAGACAAAAUUUCAUGAAAGAUUCUACUUUAGGUAUAUAUUUUGACUCAGUUUAUUCUUUCGCUACACCUUGUCAACGUAUUAAAUAAUAGUGUUGCUUCGAACUUUAUGAUAAAAAACCCGAUUUUCUAGACGUGUAUACAAAUAAAAAUAGUAAGUUUAUACUAUAAAUGAGUUUAUUUUACCUGUAUCGGUUUAAAUUCGCCGUUAAGUUGCAAAUAAUUCUGUUCGAGAACGCAAUAAUUGUGCAUUUCGCAACCAGGACAGUUUCAGGGCAGUUUUGGCCUUGUUGUUGGGAAAUCCACUAGGCCUUCUAGGCUUGCUUCCUCCGCCCCGCCCCCAAAUCACCUAGUUCCAGUCUUUUCAUGUGAAAAAGCGCUGAAUAUUAAAAAAUAUAAGUAAGACUAGAAGGCCUAGGUCUAGGCUGUUUAUUACCAUAUACUUUCACUUAAAUCUUGAAGCCGGACGAUUUUAAUACGAUGUUUACUUUUCAAAGUUUCAAGUAUCACCUUUCAACAAUUAAACUGCAAUGUUUGUAAAUUUGAUACUCGCAAAGCGUAUUUGACUGCGCAAGCUAAAUUACUAAUGAUCAAAACCUAAUAAUUAAAACAUCAUCGUUGAAAAUGCGUAUGUCAAAGAUGCGUUCGCGGAAAAAAAUGCCAUGAGCAAGUUCAGAUAUAAUGACCACGUAUAUGCCAUGUCUACGUCGUAUCAAGAGGUUAGUAAAUGUAAAUAUGUUCUUGAUAAAAACGAUCUGAACAUAGUUAGGCUACUUAAGUCCGAAGGUUUAGCAGUUCUACACAUACACUAAUCUUAACAUGCUCUUUCUUGCUGUGGCGACUGAUUUUGUUCUUCUUGCCUAGACGAAAAUUUAGUCUAUACCUAGCUGGAAUCAUCUACACGACAGACUACGCUACAUUGGUUAGCUCACUCCCCGUCGGGGAUUUUUAUUUAACGACCCGGCGUACUUAAUCGAUAAAAACCGAUCACCGGAAAUCCAAUCGAUGGUAAUCGAUGUUAUUUACUUAAUUGAUAUCGAUUGACAUUGAUCAAUCGAUGACCAAUCGAUAGUCACAAAAUGUUAUAGCCAAUUUUAUCGACUAUUAUCGAUAUUCAUCGAUUUUCAUCGAUAUUUAUCGACAAAAUGCUUUCGAUUUUUAUCGAUUUAUAUCCUAAAUAAUCACCGCGUGUCGGCGUGUUCGAGCUAAAUAGUAAACCUGUUCUCAUUUUUCGAAUGUACACAUGUAUUUGAUCUGUAUUAUAGCCUAAUGAAAAUUUAAUUUAAUCCAUUGUUACUGAAUUCCAUUCACAUUUGAGUUUGUUUCGGCAUUAAAGUACGUAUUCAUUAAAUUACGGCGUUGCCUGUUUGAUUGCAUGCCUAUAUUAACGGAGGAUUUUUUCAUCAAUGAAAAUUAAUAAUAAAUCGAUGAUCAAUCGAUGAAAGUCACAGCAAAAGAAGUAAUCGAUUAUUCAUCGAUUUCCAAUAUCAAUCGAUUGAUAAAUAGCGAUUGGUAUUGAUUGAUGUUGAUACUCAUCGAUUAUCGAUUUCAUCGAUUAAAUACGCCGGGUAUUUAACGAUUACAUCAAGUAUUACGCUUACUUGUAUUGCCUAUAGCUAGCCUAGUUUGCCUAGACUAUUUAUCUUUUCAAACAUCGUGAUAUAAUUACUUUCUUAUCACUAUAUUUUCCUAACCUAUACAUCCUGCAAACUGUCGAUCCAUGUGCGAGAGGAAACCACUGCGCCUGGACAAAACCUACGACUUAGGCCAGAACGUUGACAGACUUUUUUCACAAUUGUCCUUAGCUUUAAUUGAACCCACGAUCUCAUGGGCGAAAGACGGUUGCUCUGACGACUUUGCCUGCGAAACCACUACAUGUACGAUUUGCGGGAUAAAUUUCGUUGUGGUAAGGCCUCAGAGACACGAAAUUUCUACUAUAUUCAGAAUUCAGAUUGUGCUUUUUUACGCUUUGUUUAGGUGUUUAAAGGUAAUGCUUUCGUGGCCAGAUGGGAACCCAAAUAUUCCUGAUGAACUUGGUCAAACGCCAGUUCACUUGGCAGCAAGACGUGGUCGGGCGAGCAGUUUACGGCUGUUGCUGGACAGUGGCGGCAAUCUUGGUAAAAGGGAUAAAAACGGAGAAAAUCCAAUUCGAUUGGCAAAUGACGAUGAUGAUUGUAUGGAUGUAAUUUUGGGGUAUCAAAUCUCAGCAAUGAUAGCAAAAUAUCGUCUAAAGGAAGUGAAAGGUAAAACCAGGGCGUCUCUUAUAGGUGUACAUAGCGGGAAAUAAUUGUACUGUUUGCCGGGAAAAAUAUUUAUUUCGUGAAAUUUUCGUCUCCAUGCAAUGUUGCAUCGCGGGAGCGAAGUUCAGUUGCAUCUUUAUCACUGCAGAUGCAUCACUGAAUUAUCACUGUAGCAAAAUCCCGUACCUCGAAAAAUCAUGCCUUAAAAUCCCUAUGAAGAGGGCAACGAUCACAGAAACUCUCCGCAAAUGCUCCCAACUUGUUAUAAACCCUCCAAAAUACAAAUAUUUAGCGGCGGCCGCGCUACAUUAGUAAAAGUUGAGUUUGGGUGGAAAGUAUGGCAUUUAUCUUUUUUAAAUGGAGAAGACUUUCCCUUAAACAAGACCAGCAAAAUUUACAUAUUUGAGUGACAUUUCAAGCCCUUAGCGUUGUAUAAUGUGGUAUAACAAAGCCGAAAAACUUUAUCAAUGUAUGGUUCGCUAUAAACGUAAGUUAUAACUAUACAAUUAUCUCGAACAUUUUUAUGUAUAUUAUUAGUCCGUAAUAGGAUGAUUUUCUUAGGCCUUAAACUAUCUUUUCCAAGGCCGUCUGACAAAAUGUCCGGUGACGUUGAGUUUGGGUGGGACAUAUGUCCGAUGACUUUCAGUUCAGUUUUGACUCGGAAAUAAGUCUGAAUGACACAAAUGAAUAAACGGUAAAUGUUGUAAAGAUAUUAAAUAAUUUCUUUCAUACUUAUUUCCAAGCCAAAAUUAACUCACUUGCCAGGACAGCAGUGUUAAAAAAGACUUCGACAACUUAAGCCGUUUUCCACUUCACCAUUUCGCUCGCCGCCCCGCGCUCGACUACGUUUCCAGUACACCUUUUAUACAAUAGUACGUCGGACAAAGCUACAGUUCGGUCGGACACCAAUUCACCUGGGUCGGACAAACAAUAAACCUCAGUUUCACUUUGGUCGGACAGAAUGUCCGGUGGUUUCCUCUCUACGUCGGACGACUUCACGAAUGGGUCGGACAAUGUCCGUGACCGACCGAUAUUUUAAGGCCUGAAAACUUUCUCGUGAAAUUUGGGUAAAACCAUGCAGCACUCGUGAGCUUUUCAAAGAUUUUGGUGCUCUUUGGAAAACUCACUCGUGCAUGUUUUAUAGUCCAAAAUCUACUCGAAAACAUUAUUAAAAUUACCUAUACUAACUUAUACUACUAAUACGUCCAUGCUAUAUAUUUAACAAUUAUACCGUGAGCUCGAGUCGUAUAUGAGCUGAUGGCCGACGAGGUGCGUAGCACCUAGUCGGCUAUCAGCCAUAUACGUUACCUGAAGUUCAGGCCCUAAUUUUAAGUAGGGCCUGACACAAAACCUGUCUACACCGUGGGACGCCCACAUGUUAUUUUUAGACACAGCAUGCAAUAUGAUUGACAAGUGUUGUAGAUUUCGAUACACAAAAAUUUAUAUUCUCAUGAACAUGUCCGCAGAGUGUGCAUUUUGCUUAGUUUAGUUAAACUUAAAAAUUCAAGGUACUUUUAUAUAAUUAUUAAAGAGUCUGUUUCUCUAUUUAACCGAACAGCAAACAAAUAUUUAAUUAGUCAGUUCUGUGCACGGCUUGACUGCCAAGCUUUCUCAAGGUCUCAACUUGCUGGACGCGAAUAUACUCUAACGGGCUAACAACAGCAAGGAUGAAAUUCUCAAUAGUACCACGAAGAAGGCGAUGCAGCUCAGAAAACAACGCCGGUAGGACCUGACAUUAAAAAGAAGACUUUUACCGGCGAAGCCAGUUGGCAGAACAUCUUGGCUGUCAACAACAAGCUUUCGAAUACAUGACUAGUUUGGCUGUUCUUUCAGCGUCGUGUGUCCAAAAUUCGUCAACGAUUUUGAUAAAGCCCUUUCAAAAUACUGUUUGUUUGAUUUAUUUUCUGCCAUAAAGCAUAAAAGAAAGGAAAUUCGAAGAAAUCGAUAAUGGAAUUUGUUACGUGGGUUUGCAUGUUAAUUGUCACCUUGAUCGAGCUAUUUUUAAAACUGUUGUUUAUGUGAACUUGCAACCAAAUCAAAAUCUUUGAUGAUGCUGAUCAACCCAUUCAUGAUGCUGAUCCAAUCCCACAGUUUAGAUAGGUUUUGUGUCAGGCCCUAUUCUGUGAUUAGGGCCUGAACUUCAGGUUACCAUAUACGACGAGAGCGAAUGGUAUAAUUGUUUUAUAAUAUAGUCUAAUAGCCAUUAACUGAAGCAAUACUUAAUUAUCUUCUGUUACAAUGUAUUGACAAUUUGUUCGGCCAAAAACCGCUUGACCUUGAGUCAAGUUUGUGAAAGAAAUUUUAGCUUGAGUCAAGUUUUAGAACCGGUAUAUCUCACAGAAAAGCUCAGAUAUAUUAUACAGCUGUUUGGUAGUACAUAUAGUAAGUGCUUGUUGACUGCAAAUUCAUUUCCCUUUCGUUGCAAACUUUUCUGAACAAUUUAUAUUCUCAAUGAACAUGUUUUUUUCGCUGUUGUUUCGGUAUUAAUUCUUUAAAAAAAUUUCUAUGCAAUAAAUGUAUUUUGCUAGACUGUCAAAUUUUUUUGCGAGUUUUUCCUUGCACUAUUAUCUUUCUCAAAGCGCAUAUUUUCCUUUUUUCUGCUUCGCAAAACUCUUGGACCGCCAUCUUGUUUUUCGCUACUCGUAUAUGAGCUGUUAUACGGCGAGUAAUUCAACCAAUCAGAUUGCAGAACAGCUCAUAUACGGUGAAUGACUAUAUUAUAAAUACUAAUUCUUUUAACGUGUUUUUGAAGUACAUCUUGUAUGUUGAUUUUCUAGCAAAAAAGAGCAUGGAUUUUGGAGAAAGCGGGAUUACCGAAGCAGAUGAUGAUUCUUCAGGAAGUGGGAGCUCUCUUUCCGAAACAGGAGAAUAUUCGCAAAAUUGCGGUAAAUAAGUCUGAAAACCGCUCAGACGGGUUGUCCAUAACAGAGAACUUGAACCAGUCAUGUCUUGACAACGUUCCUUGGAUCUACAAAUUUCUACAAACAGCAGAGAAAAUUAACCGAGGAAUUGUUGUUAUUAUACAUUGUUUUAUACAACUUAAUAUACAUUGAUCGAUAAGCCAAACUGGAUAACUCUUUAUUCUCCCUCAGUUCAUUAUUAGUAUAUUGCGAACAAUCUUUAAACGUCCGUGUUUUACAUGCACCCGUUUUGUCUACCAGUAGGUGAUUCUUCUAAAGACGACGACGAAACAGUAGAGGGAGCCGUUUGCCCAGAAAAGAUUACCAUUAGUGAGUUGAAUUGUUUUAUUUUCAACGAAAAUUAUUUGUUACAGUUUGUUAUGAAAAUUGUGUGUUAUUCGUAAUCGCGAAUCCAAAUGACGUCUAUUUCGGCGAUUUUUUGUCUGUUUCUUUGUUUCGUUUGAACGACCGACAAAAUAUUCGUGUAGUGUAAAUAAUUAUGUAUUGCAUUUAGUUAAGGAUAUCAGUGAUGUUUUCUCUUGCUCUUCUUAGGCCUAAUUGUUUGUCUCGCUGCACCAAUUAGCCCAGUCGAAUUGCAUUCAGGAUCCAACGUUUCCGCACUGCAUUUAUAGUAAUACGUAGUACCGUAUACUUUUCAUGAUAUACUAGUAUACGAUCGAUCCCAAAAUUCCUUUUUAUCUUUAGAUUUAUUAGUGCACUGAACGUUUGGAAUUACUGUGUGCUUGUCGGUAACGCAUAUACAUGCAGAGCUAUACAGUAAAUACAAAAUUCACUCAAUAUAUACAAGUGCGCGGCUGGACGCCUAAACUAGAAACAUAAUUGUAGUCUACUUUGAAUUAUAUAUACUUAUUGUCGAGCUUACAAAGUAGUCAGUCCAACAAGUAGCUUGGGUAAUAUUCAAUACAGUACUGUUACUCGGCCUUGUAUUUCCUUAUGAUUAGGCACAUUCACAUGCAUGUUAGUUGAAUUUAAGUUCAAUUUACAUAAAUUUCCCGACGCCACAUUGCUUGAGUUUAAACCUUUCGUUUUCUUUGUUUUGCGUGUACUGUACAUAGGUAGUCGUUUUACUGCAACAUUGCCUUUUACUGCUUCUAUCGACGACAAUGACUUAUCUAGUCCACAAAUGUUACCCACAGACAAGAUGGUUGAAAGUCAACAUGGGGAAACAAAUUCCAAAGGUAUAAAGUACCAUAUUCUGAAGAUUGUAUGUUGUCGCAUGUGGGUUAUUUAAAGUAGUGAAUUGGGUAGCAACGAUGAAAACAAUUUUAGGGAAAUUGUCUAUCUACACCCAUGCUAAGUUCAGAUGAGUGGACUCAUCUGAAGUAUCAUGUCCUUUUGUGGCCGCAGUUUCCUAUCGGGUAUAUUACAUUGCGCUCCGUCAUUCCCAAUUCCCGAGAAGAGAAGAGAAGAGAAGAGGAGAGAAGUUUAACUGUAUACAUGCAUGCACGUCGGUUGAUCCGAAGGGGUUGUCUUUAUCGCAGUAUUCCAUAACGUCUUCCUUAUCUUUUUACCAGGACAGUUCACUAACAAUGAAAAGCAGGCAUCUACUGUAUAUUCGCUUGUGUGGGGAGUGGCGCUCCGUAUUCUUGACACGGCAUAGUGUAUAUAGGCUGAUCACUGUUGCCUGAACACUUGACCUGUCAAAAUGACCAUGUAUCAUAUGUGAAAUUCACAAUUUUUGUACAUGGAUGUUGAGUUUCAAACUUUUUCAAUGCAUGUGGAACUAAACGUUUGUAAAAUAUGAAAAUUAAUUUCACAUGUGCAUGGGAAAUCAUUAUAUCUUCUGUGGAAAUGAAACACUUGCAUUUUCACAUCUGAAAAAUCAUAUUUCAAAUUUUUGUAAGCUAGGGAUUAAUAUACAAAGGCAACGGCAGGUGGAACAUACCUAUAAAGCCGAAUUAUUUUCUCCGUAUUAAAAUAAAUAGUUUUACAUACUUGAAGGAGCAGUUUGUAUUUCACCAGUUUAAUGUUUUCUCAUGUUUAACAAUGUAGGUAAUUUGACCACGAUGUGUUCUGGUUUAAAACAUGAUGAUGAAACGGGAAAAGAACUUGAUGGCACCAAAAAUAUCAUUACCAAAGUUCAGGACAUUAAAAAUGUCUACGCAGGUGAAUGA